AUGGAGAUGCGAAGGCGGAGCCAUCCUGCGCUCGGUUCAGAAGACGUCCCCGUUCCUGGCUCCUCGACGCCCUCUCACCAGCCUACUGAAGGUAUUUCAUCCUACAAGGCAUACUUUGCCAGGAGCAUCAUUGCACUGCUCUUCUUCUUGGCAGCGCUUGUUACUUAUCUCAAUUAUGGAUAUCAGAGUCCACAGGCUCCAUCCUUGGAGGGUUCUAUUGAGGCGUCUCGAGAGUACCGACGACCACUGGACCUGGUCUUGAAUCCCCAGGCUCACCAAUCACGACCUCCAAAGACGCAGUAUCACAAUUGGACGGCGACCUCUGCAAUCAGACGACCUGAUGGUGUCGCCAAGAGAGUAUAUCUCAUCAACGGCCUAUUCCCAGGACCAACACUGGAGGCACGAUCCGGCGACACUUUCAUCAUUCGCGUCGAAAACGCGCUAAAAGACGAAGGACUGUCUAUCCAUUGGCAUGGACUGCAUAUGCGAGAUCACGUCGAAUACGAUGGCGCUAUUGGAAUGACCCAGUGCCCAAUCUCACCUGGAUCGACGUUCACGUACACCAUCCCGGUUUCUGGCCAGCACGGCACGUUUUGGUAUCAUGCUCACGAACAAGUUCAGCGAGCAGAUGGACUUUAUGGAGCUUUGAUUGUGCACGAGCCUGUAGACGUAGAAAUAGCUAUCAGUUAUUCGUACGAUGAAGAUCGUGUGCUUAUGAUUGGUGAUUGGUACCAUCGUCCUGCUGAGGAUGUGCUCAAGUGGUACAUGCGAGCGGGGUCCUAUGGCAUGGAGCCUGUCCCAGACUCCCUUCUCGUCAAUGGUCUUGGCGCAUACAAUUGCUCACUCGCUGUCCCUGCUCGGCCUGUUGACUGCAUAUCGAUUCUCCCAGAGCAUUCUCCAUUCAUUACCACAAAUAGUUCAAAGCGGUAUCGAUAUCGAGUAAUCAAUACGGGAUCACUCGCAGGUAUCAAUCUACGCUUUUCUGGAGCUUCUGUGACGCCCAUCACCGUCGACGGCGGCCGUCCGGUCGAAAUUCAAGGUCCCGCUCGCGGAGUAGGGGUCCUACACUCCGGAGAGCGAGUAGACGUAUUGAUAUCAUGGCGACCAACCAAUAAAAAACAAGCCACCCUCGAAAUAACUCUAGACGACGACAGCUUCAGAUACCCCAAUCUCGCCCUCGCCCCAACCCACAUCUUCCUAGUCCUCGUCUCCACAGACUCCUCGAAACUAGAAACAGUAAAUCGCCCUUCCCAACGCGUCAAACCCACAACCAACAUCCAACUCCUAAAUUCCACCACCCUCCCUACCUCCCUUCCACGCCACGCCGACCUCACCCUAGUCGUCUACACGACCACCCUCAAACUCUCCCGGCUCUCAAACGUACCUCACGGCUUCAUGAACCACACAAGCUACAAACCCCAAUCCGAUCCCCCCUACCCCCUCAUAUCCCUCGACCGUUCCCAAUGGGACUCCAACCAAUUCGUUCCCUUCAUCCCCCUCUCCCCCGCCCCUCAAACUAUCAACCUCAUCAUCAACAACCUCGACGACGGCGGCCACCCCUUCCACCUCCACGGCCACGAUUUCUGGGUCUUGUCAACAUACGCCGCAGAUCUCGAUACCACUAUGUCCUACGGAAGCUAUAACCCGUUCGACGGAUCUGAGCCGCCUGGGGGAGCGUUUAAUCUAGUGAAUCCGGUCAAGAAAGACACGGUCUUUAUAUCUAGGAGGGGUUACGUGGUACUCAGAUUUAUGGCGGACAAUCCAGGGAUAUGGAUGCUGCACUGCCAUCUACUAUGGCAUCAGGCGAGCGGAAUGGCGAUGGGUUUACACAUCGACAAAAACGAGGACUGGGUGGACGAAGCACGUGCGAACCGUAGCCGCGAGCUGUGUAGAGGCAAGCGUUAA